CACUCGACGCUCAGGUCUCCGUCUUCGCAGUUGCAAAAGUUCGUUUGCCGCGACGCGUGCAAAGAUCCCUCGACUCCGGCGGAUAUUUUUGAAAAUGCUAAACAUUCCCCGAACACUGAUCACCGAAAACUGAAAACUUAAAACUAAAUUCAAAACGGAAAAAAACUACGCAAAAUGGGUGCAAAGUUGUUUUUGUUGGCACUAAUUGGCUGCCAAUUUCUGCUGAGGACCGGCGACUGUUUUGAGGCCAAGCGAUUCUUUGGCGUGGGAAAGCGGAUUCCCGGUGACCAGCUUCUGGUCAAGGAUGUGCGUCAUUCGCGUCCUGCUGGCUCCGAGGAGCUGCCCCGUGUGGACUUUACAUACGAGAUCCAGGAGCCGAUCACCUGUGUUGAAAUUCUGUCAGAGGAAAACAUUUCGGCGGAGGUGAUAUUUAGCCUGGUGAACCGUCUCAUCGUGGGCAUGGUCAGGCUGGCGGGCAGCAAUGAGAGCGAUGAAUCCCCACGAACAGAGGCCAGCGUUCCAGUUCCAACACCUACAGCGUUCGAUGUUACCAUCAUGAUCUUUGGCCUUAAUGACACCGCCGUCAAUUACGAUCCCUCGAUGAUCGUCAAUCCCGACCAGCAGUACGAGGGCGAAAUGGAACCCUUUGAGUUUGAGGUCGAACAGAUUUCGGACGCCGAACGGUAUGACAAUAUCCAUCGAGAGACACUACAGGUGGAAGAGGAGGACUUGGAUGAGGAUCUGUCCUACGAGGAGGCCGAGGAGUCGACGGAGGGACCAUUUGCACCCACAGAUCACUUUGAUACGCCGGACAAGAUCAUUGAAAUUGGUCAGAGGCAGCCGGGCGACCGACUGGUGUACGAAUGCUACCACACAGCGUCCGAUGAUUCCGAUGAGAAGAAGAGAAACCAAUCGGUCAUAUUCUACUAUAUUGACUCCGCCUCUAUAACCUAUGUCAAGUUUGUCGUUAUGGAUCACUAUGGAAAUAAGAACAUCUCUGACCCUGACUACAUCGCUCCCGUGGCGGAGUACAGUCAUUUCUCGAGGAACACCCUCAAGGCCGUCAUCACGGACUUUGACACGGAGACCCUGUUCGUCCAAAUGUUCAUCUACGGUUACCGCGCUAACGAGGCUCCCGCCACAUAUGUUCCCUUCCUGCCACCGCCACACUGGCAGGGAAGUGGCGACUCCACGAACAGUCGUACUCCGGUGUUGACACCUGUGCAGACGAUGCAACUGCUCCUGAUGACCGGCCAGAAGACAACUCCGCCGCCAGUGAUCUACAGCGAUGACGAGGAGCAGCCGAGUAUCAAGCCAGAGGACAUGGAGUUCAAUCGGAUCAUAAACGAAUCAGCGAAGAAGGACUCGGCGAUGCGGCAGCUGGAUUCAAAAUUGGUGGUCUGGCUGGGAGUGCUGCUCCUCCUGGUCCUGCACCACUAGCGGGAAGUCAUUAGUUAAUCCAUGGAAAGCUUUAUGAGUAGUCUUUAGUCCAACAUUCUGUGUAUUGUAUUUUACGAAAUAAACUUUUUGGCCUAACCCAAGCA